UGAGACUGCAAAGAACAUUAAAAAAGGAAGAAGGAAUGAACCUGGAUUCAGUGCAGUAAAGUAGAUUAUUUUGAGGCCAAGAAAGAAAUCACUGCGUAGACCCGUUUGUGCUGUCAUGAUGAUAACUUACCAUUGCUUCUGGCUGCUGUUCUGGAUUGGUCAGCCUCAUCAAAGUUUUUCAUCUCCGUUAUCCAAAAGGACUAGGGGCUUUCCAGAAAAGGAAAAGGUUUUGGAACUGUCUGGAACUACCAGGAAGGAGUUUACUCGUUCCAAAAGGAGCUGGAUGUGGAAUCAGUUCUUUCUCUUGGAGGAAUACACAGGCUCUGAUUAUCAAUAUGUCGGAAAGCUGCAUUCAGACCAGGACAGAGGAGAUGGGUCACUUAAGUACAUCCUUUCUGGAGAUGGAGCAGGAGACCUCUUCAUUAUCAAUGAAAACACUGGAGACAUACAGGCCACAAAGAGACUAGACAGGGAAGAGAAGCCUGUUUAUAUACUUCGUGCCCAGGCUAUAAACAGGAGGACUGGACGACCAGUGGAACCAGAGUCUGAGUUCAUCAUUAAGAUCCAUGACAUCAAUGACAAUGAGCCAAUGUUUACAAAGGAUGUUUACAACGCCAGUGUUCCGGAAAUGUCAGAUGUCGGUACAUUUGUUGUGCAAGUCACUGCGACUGAUGCUGAUGAUCCUACCUAUGGAAACAGUGCUAAAGUUGUGUACAGCAUUCUCCAGGGACAACCGUAUUUCUCAGUGGAGUCUGAGUCAGGUAUUAUCAAAACUGCUUUGCUCAACAUGGAUCGAGAAAACAGGGAGCAGUACCAAGUGGUCAUCCAGGCCAAGGACAUGGGUGGACAGAUGGGUGGACUCUCAGGAACCACCACAGUGAACAUCACACUGACUGACGUCAAUGACAAUCCACCACGAUUCCCACAGAGCACAUACCAGUUCAAAACCCCUGAAUCUGCUCCACCCGAAUCACCGAUUGGCAGGAUAAAAGCGAAUGAUGCCGAUGUGGGUGAAAACGCCGAGAUCGAAUACAGCAUCACUGAAGGAGAUGGAUCAGACAUGUUUGGGGUUAUCACUGACAAGGACACACAGGAAGGAAUUAUAACAGUCAAAAAGGCUUUGGAUUUUGAAAAGAAAAAGCUGUAUACUCUGAAAGUGGAGGCUACCAACACUCAUGUGGAUCCCCGAUUCCUCUACUUGGGGCCAUUCAAGGACUCCACCACAGUCAGAAUUCUGGUGGAGGAUGUGGAUGAGCCCCCAGUGUUCAGCAGACCAGCAUACAUACUAGAAGUGAAAGAAGAUGUGCCCAUAAACAGUAUUAUAGGAACUGUAACAGCCCAGGACCCUGAUGUUGCAAAAAAUCCUGUCAAAUAUUCCGUAGAUCGGCACACAGAUAUGGACAGAGUAUUCAACAUCAAUUCCGGAAACGGUUCAAUAUUUACUUCAAAACCCCUUGACCGGGAAACAUCGCUAUGGCACAACAUUACAGUAAUAGCAGCAGAGAUCAACAACCCAAAACAAAGCAGCCGGGUCCCUGUGUUCAUUAAGGUUUUGGAUGUAAAUGACAAUGCCCCAGAAUUUGCUAUAUUUUACGAGACCUUCGUCUGUGAAAAUGCAAAGGCAGAACAGCUGAUACAGACCCUAAGUGCAGUUGAUAAGGAUGAUUCUUUCAGUGGACACCAGUUUUCAUUCUCCUUGGCUCCAGAAGCAACCAGUGGCUCAAACUUUACAAUCCAGGACAACAGAGACAACACAGCAGGGAUCUUCACCAGAAAAAACAGAUAUAACCGACAUGAAAUGAGUACUUAUCUCCUGCCUGUGGUGAUAUCAGACAGUGACUACCCAGUCCAGAGCAGUACUGAGACAGUGACAAUCCGAGUGUGCGCCUGUGACCAUCGGGGGAAGAUGCAGUCUUGUAAUGCAGAAGCCCUGAUCCAUCCAACUGGCCUUAGCACAGGGGCUUUGAUUGCCAUUCUUCUCUGCAUCAUUAUAUUGCUAGUUACAGUGGUGCUGUUUGCAGCUCUGAAACGGCAGCAGAAGAAAGAACCUUUGAUAAUUUCCAAAGAGGACAUCAGAGACAACAUUGUCAGUUACAAUGAUGAAGGUGGUGGAGAGGAAGACACCCAGGCUUUUGAUAUUGGCACACUGAGAAAUCCUGAAGCCAUAGAAGACAAUAAAUUACGCAGAGACAUUGUACCAGAAGCACUUUUUAUGCCGCGCCGGACUCCAGCGGUACAAGAUAACACUGAUGUCAGAGAUUUCAUUAACCAAAGGUUAAAAGAAAAUGAUACAGAUCCUACCAUGCCCCCAUAUGACUCGUUAGCGACCUACGCGUAUGAAGGUAAUGGCUCUGUGGCAGAAUCCCUCAGCUCCUUAGAGUCGGUGACUACGGAUGGAGAUCAGGACUACGAUUACCUCAGUGACUGGGGGCCUCGAUUUAAAAAGCUGGCGGAUAUGUACGGCAGCGUGGACAGUGAUAAAGACCCUUAAUAUGUUGCCUUUGUUGAUUUCCAGAAACAGCAUUGAGAUAUGUGAAGUAGCUAUUUCUUUCUGUUUAUCCAUGGCUCUGUGAUAGGGCUCUCUAUUCUGUCGGUUCCAGUUGUCUAAUGACUGCAGUCUGUGUGGAUCAAAUGUCAGAAAACUUUUUUCUAGUAUAAUUUUAUGAGCUUCCAAGAGGCAAUUUUUUUUUUAAUGCAUCCACUUUACCAAGCCUGUCUUACAGGCACAGUGGUAUGGGAGGGAAACAGGAUUGGAGGGAAGCAAUAUUUGUACUUGUUCUGCUUAUAUUGUAAAUUGGAGUAUAUUACUGUUCCAGCUCACUUAAUCUUCUUACUGUAUUCAGAUUAUUCAGCUCAGAUGAUUGCUCUGUCCAUUUUGUAUCGCACAUCCUAAUGUACUGAGGUAUUAUGGUUUAACCUAAAUAUUAUAGUAAAAAGUAGUGGGAGAGGAAUUUAUUAUAAAAUUAGAAUCAGCUGACAAGGUUAUAAGACAACAUGAGAGUAAAUUUAUUCUUGAAUUUAAAGACGUCUAAUUGCCAUUUAACUAUAAAUAUUUUUUCUUGAACCUGCCAUUGUCCUCAAAAGCAUAAAAUCAUACCAACUCCAUGUAUAUAAUUCCCUGUGGACCACUAUAUCUGUGUCCUUCUUAUCCAACAUUCAGAGAGAUGUGUGUGGUCUGUAGCUGUGAGCAUAGAAUUGCUAAGUACUAUCCCAGUUCUAAUACUGACUCACUUUGUAACAUUGGGCAAGUCACCUUAUUGCCUUGGAUUAGACCUUGUGGUUUUGAAACAAGGCUUGAGCAUGGAGCAGAAUGUAGUUGUGCUAUAUCCUAUGUCUAGUAUAGAUCACUUAGCUCAGUGUGUAGGAAGGCAGAGUGAGACUGCACCCAUUCCUCUGCUUCUGCCCACCUACCCACACAGAAGGGGAGUAGCAGCUUUAAGAAGGCUACUAUCAUCCUUGUGACAUGAAUAGCGAGUGAAAAGGAGAACGGGGGUACCUUGCACUCUUUACCCUUUAUGCAGGGUUGCAUAAAAUUGGUCCCAUUCUUGCUCUGUCUCAGUUUUGCCAUCUGUAAAAUAGGAAAAUAAUGCCUACUUCACAGGGAUGUUGCAAGGGUUAGAGAGAGUUUGAAAAUUGCUUUGAAGGAGGAAAGUGCUAAACUCUCAUCCUAGUAAGUAACUUCUAAUUUUAUUUAUUUAUUUUUUGUGUGUGUAUUUGAGCCCUGAAUAAACAAGUAAAUGAGAAACAUUCAUCAUUCUGGUUACUAGAACCAGGAGGGUUUUAGAAUACUGUCUUUACAAAUGCAUCAACCAGAAUUGUUAUAGGUUUCAAUUACACCAAGAGGUGGCGUUUUAAACAUGAAUCUUUCAGUUGGUUACCUUAAUUUCCUUGCCAAACCUGCCAUUUUUGCCCAAGCAAGAACAGUGGUACCAUAGGACUCAGUACAAGCCAGUGUCUCUCUUUACAUGAAUGAGGCAAAAGUAAUCAGCAAUGUAUCAGAAUGACAAGAGGAAUAUGUCAUUGAUUACAUUUCAGAUCCAGUAAUCUGAAAUAGAUUAUUUUGAAAUAGAUUAUUGCAGCUUUUAUACCCCUAAGGUCAUAGCCUUAUGACACCUUAACAAGAAAGAGUGAAGUUUCUCUUUAUACAUCAUAUAUAACCAGUCUCAUUCAUUCAAUAUAAAUAGAAUAAUUUACAUAGAAUAAUUUUAUGUGAUCCGUUGGAGUUGCUAGGUAUUUGUGUUCUUUCCUUGAAACCAUAAAGAAACCAGUUUAAACACGAGUCAGUGGCUCCAAUUUACCCUUUCCAGUAAUACAGGGAUAAGACAAACGUUACAAGGCAGCAAACUAAAAG